AUGGCGACCGUGUCUUUGCUGAUGACUGGCGUUUGCGAUGGAAUAGUCGGUGAGGACCAGUGGCGUCAGGCAUCAAAGUGGUGCCAAUCGAAUGAGAGCAACGGCCCCGACGACCCGAUUUCCUUGAUCUGCACGUGGCUUCGUUGUUGCGAUGCACACCAUAAGGACUUACCUCCCGCCCUCAGUGAAGGACAUGAGGAUUGCCGUGCCAGUGGCUCAAAUGAGCUGCCGACCCGGCUGAUCGAUUUGAGCUCUCUGACCGACGAGUCCAUCCAGUCUUGCUAUUCGAACAGCAGUGAUAGCACAAUUCAGAACGAGCCCCAUACCGUGACUAUUGCUGAAGCAGGGCAACUGAAGAAAGGCACAGAGUACGUGGCUCUGUCUCACCGUUGGGGUGACCCAAGCAACGACUAUGCACCUGAGAAAUAUCAACUCCAAAAGUCCGGAAACGCCAGGUUUUCAUUUCGAGACCUGCCCAAGACAUUUCAGCACGCAAUAAUUGUGACGAAGAGAAUUGGGAAAGAAUUUCUUUGGAUAGAUUCCCUCUGUAUCAAUCAAAGUGAUGAAGCAGACUGGGCAAGGGAGUCGAAGAAGAUGAACAAGGUUUUCAAGAAUGCUUAUUGCACCAUUGCUGCCACCUCUGCGAAAGAUUUCACGGAAGGUUUUCUUGAUGGAGGAGGAUCAGCGCCCAGUCCAACAUACUGGAAGGAUCAGUUUCCGGAAGACUUUGAGAAGUCAGUGGAAGAAAGCGUGUUGAAUAAGCGUGCAUGGGUGUUGCAGGAACGUGCACUUUCACGACGUAUCGUGCAUUUCACCGAAAAGCGGACGUUCUGGGAAUGCGGAGCAGUCGCAAUCAAAUCCUUGGCCAGCGAGCUGGCCAAAGUUUUCGCCUUAGGACGGUCGAGCGACGGAAGAGUUGAAAAUGGCAUCUUCAGCGCUGCGCCAUACUCGCAGCAGAGCCUCCUCUGGUAUUUAAUUACUCCCGCUGGUCCGAUUGAUUUUAGCGGUAUCAAAGUCAAAAAGCCUCCGACGUGGUCUUGGAUGGCAUACGAAGGAUCCAUCGAUUAUCUGGAUAUUGGAGAACAUCCUGACUGGGAUACUGCAAUCAAGUUUUCAGAGAACGCGGUGCGUCUGAGUGCUCGGGUUGCGAAGAUUUCAGGUGUCAUACCGUUCGCUGGAACCAACGACAACAGGGAGACAAUUUACCACCAAGGAGGAAAUGAGGUCGGACGCGCUUGGUUUGAUUACAGAACACCUAAGACGUCUGAAGGGCUACAGUGUGCAUUACUAGGGAAGGCCGAGGACCAACAGAAGGGGCGACGCAGAUAUUACGUACUGCUUCUUCUCGCUGAACGCAAUGCGCCCCUGGAGAGACUUGGUGUUGGAUGGUUCUAUGAAAGUGCCAUCGAUUUCGCCGGAGUGGAUGAACUCGAAAUUGUUUAA